CUGCCACACACUAACUAGGACAUACCCCUUCCUAUGCUCUGGCUGACAGGAAGAACAUCCAUUCUGACCCUGACCUCUGCUUUCCAUCCAGUCCACAUGACUGAGCCAUGCAGGAGCGCUGAACAGCAGACCAACACUUGUGUUCAGAGUUUAAAACAAGAUGUCAUCAGCCAAUGAGAACGGAGUCAGCGGGUCUAGCAAUAACAGUAGAGAGAAAACAUACAAAAAGACUACUUCAUCUGCCCUAAAAGGAGCUAUCCAGCUUGGCAUUGGUUACACCGUGGGGAAUCUGACCUCAAAACCUGACCGAGAUGUGCUCAUGCAGGACUUCUAUGUGGUGGAGAGUGUGUUUUUACCCAGUGAGGGGAGCAACCUGACCCCAGCGCACCAUUAUCCAGACUUCCGUUUCAAGACGUACGCACCACUGGCUUUCCGCUACUUCCGGGAGCUGUUCGGGAUCAAGCCAGAUGAUUACUUGUAUGCCAUUUGUAAAGAGCCCCUGAUUGAGUUGUCUAAUCCGGGUGCCAGCGGCUCGCUCUUCUACCUGACCAGCGAUGAUGAGUUCAUCAUCAAAACCGUCCAGCACAAGGAGGCAGAGUUCCUGCAAAAACUGCUUCCAGGAUACUACAUGAACCUCAACCAGAACCCAAGGACUCUCCUCCCCAAGUUCUACGGCCUGUACUGCGUUCAAUCUGGAGGAAUCAACAUUCGUCUUGUGGUUAUGAACAAUGUUCUGCCUCGGUCUUUAAAGAUGCACUACAAAUAUGAUCUUAAAGGCUCCACGUACAAGAGACGGGCAUCAUGAAAAGAGCGGGAAAAGGCCUGCCCCACAUAUAAGGACCUAGACUUUGUGGACAUGCAUGAUGGCUUGUACUUUGACACAGAGACAUAUAACGCCCUGAUGAAGACGCUACAGCGAGACUGCCGGGUGAGUGCUACUCUAUUUUGCCAUUUUUCAAACAAACAAAAUGAGUGUCGUCUGCUUGUGCGAAAGUUGUGGGUGGUUUCCAGAGCACUGCUGUGGUUGUUAGCAUGUUUGGAGUUUUGUGUAGCAAUUUUAAUACAAUGUUUCCUUUUACACAGAAUGGGAGGGAUUCCUGCAAAAACACACAGGGAUGGGAAACUACUUAUAUUUCUAGGCAUUAUCGACAUCUUGCAGUCUUACAGAUUCAUUAAGAAGCUGGAGCACUCCUGGAAGGCACUCGUCUAUGAUGGUGAUACGGUGUCUGUGCACAGACCGAGUUUCUAUGCAAACAGAUUUCUCAAGUUCAUGAGCUCCAGAGUGUUCAGAAAGAUUCAGCCAAAUCGUUUCUCCCCGAGCAAGAGGGCGCGGAACUCCAUAUCAGCGCUGAAGUGCUCUUCUCAAGAGGUGCUGUCCUCACAGAAGGAGGAGAAGGCCGAGGAGAAGACGGACAGACUUGGAGGAGCCCGUAGUCUUGCCAGUCUGGAUGGACAAGUGUACUGGUCCUAUAACCGUCCUGACCUGGUCCCUCAGACUCCUUACCCAUAUGAAGCCUCUUCCUUGAGCCACACCCUCUCCCCGCCCUCUAUUUACGUCACAGAUCGGUACCGGGAGGCCAGAUCAAACGAAAGAUGUGCCUGCUCAACUUUUACAUUGGAGGACAGCGGCAUCUGUCUGACGUCGGAGCAAAGCACCAUGGACAUAGACAGAGAUGACGACUCAGUGCUGGAUGUCUACUUUUAAGGAGCAAAACGAGAUGAUCUUCAUCUCUACCCUCCCCAUCAUCACCUGCUUCUGUAGUCCUCCGGAUCCUCAUGUGCCGAGAGCGCCACCUGCUGCCAAACAAAGAAAACAUUCGCCAAUACAACAUCUACAAACAUCAGAUCACAGACUGUUUGGAGGGAAUGUGGCUACAAGAGUUCAGAUUCACGGACAUCCGUAACCACAUGCUGAUUCAGCUUUUGUAGCCCUAACAUUACAGGCAGCUCUGGGAUCGGACUGAAGGCAGAAGUCACAUCACGCCAUUCACUGUUUUGGAAACAUGCAAUAAUUACGCUCCUUUGAUAUGCAAAGAUGGUUUAUAACUGCUAUGUUCUUUACCUCUUAAAGGAUCUAGUCUUUAGUGACCUAGAUGCAGCGCUUGGCGAUUCAAACUCUAGGGAACAGGGCUGUUCAGAUCUUUUUAAACGUGCAAUUUUCAUACAUUAUACAAGUGUGUGUUAUCGUUUUAUUCCCAAGCCAAAACAGUUUCUAGGAAACAACAGAUGUGUGACUGUAGUUCUCAGACAUCUCUUAUAAUCACAAAUGUGUCAUGUACUGUAAAUGUAGGAGUGUCUUUCACUGUGUAACUUCAGUCAUGCUCAGAUUUACACUGGUAUAUCAGCUCCUGAUAAUCAAGAGUGGGAUUCGCAUCAGCAGUGCAUCAUUUACAUAUAUCCAGAUGCCAGAAUGUUUUAAUGUACUAAAAUGCAGUCAGUCUUUCAAGUGGGGACGGGUGAGUUUCAUACACGCAUAUACAUUCUCUCAGGAGAUCCUUUUCCUAGAGGCGUCCAAAUGAUUGCUUGAUGUUAGAUGCUAGUGCGCUUCUGAUUUUAAAUGCCAUGUCCGAACUGUCUUUUGAAUAUUAUUAUUGCACCUUUGUUUGUUUUGA